GUGGUCUUUCUGGAGAAGCGGGUGACAGAGCUGGAGAAGGACACGGCUGCUAACGGCGAGCAGCACAGCCGCCUCAAGCAGGAAAACCUGCAGCUCGUGCACAGAGCAAAUGCUCUCGAGGAACAGCUGAAGGAGCAGGAGCUGAGAGCUGACCAAACACUCCUGGAGGAGAUCAAGAAGCAGAGGGAGCUGCUGAGCAAAAUGGAGAGGGAGAAGAGCAUUGAGAUUGAGAACUUGCAGGCCAGGCUGCAGCAACUGGAUGAUGAGAACAGCGAGCUGAGAUCCUGCGUCCCUUGUUUAAAAGCUAACAUUGAAAGACUUGAGGAGGAGAAGCAGAAGCUGCUGGAUGAGAUCGAAGACCUCACCGUGCAGCUCGCAGAGGAGCAGGAGAAAAAGAGGAAGAUGGGGGACAAGCUGAGUCAGGAGAGGCACCAGUUUCAGAAGGAGAAGGAGUCGACGCAGGAGCUCAUUGAGGACCUCAGGAAGCAGCUCGAGCACUUGCAACUCUUCAAACUGGAAGCUGAGCAGCGAAGAGGCCGGAGCAGCAGCAUGGGGCUCCAGGAGUACAACAGCAGGACACGGGAGACAGAGCUGGAGCAAGAGAUCAAGCAGCUUAAGCAGGAUAACAGGAACCUGAAGGAGCAGAACGAUGAACUGAAUGGACAGAUCAUUAACUUGAGCAUCCAGGGAGCCAAGAACCUCUUCUCAGCCUCCUUCUCUGAAUCCCUGGCAGCUGAGAUCAGCUCAGUCUCCAGAGACGAGCUCAUGGAAGCAAUUCAAAAGCAAGAGGAGAUCAACUUCCGCCUGCAGGAUUACAUCGACCGCAUCAUCGUGGCCAUCAUGGAGACGAACCCCUCCAUCCUGGAGGUUAAGUAAGGGCGGCCGAGAGCUGCCGCCUGCACGCUCCUCGAUGGGUGUGGAUUUGGUGCUCUGAGAGGAUGAAGAGGGACUCGAAACGUCUUUGCUCUUGAUGAAGGCACAAGGAAGCAUCGCGUCGGGUCG